AUGCUAUGCCGUGAAUCGGACUUCACGCUAGAAAAGAUCCGGAAAAGAACAGGACACGGGCAAAAUCUACGACUUGAACGAAAGGCGCUAUCAGUGACCGUGCAAGCUAACGAUCCGUUCCCGGUUGCUCCGACUGAGGAAGCUGUUCUUGAUGCAGAUUUUAGGUGUAAAAAUGAGGAGCCGCACAGAAUGUUGGCUGCACUAUUUCGAGAGCGCCCGAUGUGGACUAGAAAUGCCAUCGCUUACAAAACAGGUCUAGACGAGAACCUGCUCAAGACCUUAUUACAAAAGUAUGCAUUCUACAUCCAGUCGGGACCUUGGGGUCGGCUUUGGUGCAAGUUUGGUUACGAUCCUCGUACUGAUCCGGAGUCAAUGCUAUAUCAAACCCUGAUGGUUUCUUUCAGGUAA